AUGGGAUGGGCAGAAGGAAGAAUAUCAAAUUUUGAUUACUUGCUACACCUCAACAUGCUUUCCGGGAGAAGCUACAAUGACAUAUGCCAAUACCCUGUGAUGCCUUGGGUACUAUCGAACUACACAUCCAACGAAGUUCCCGACUUGAGAGACCCUCGAAACUUUCGCGAUCUUUCAAAACCAGUCGGCGCCUUAAAUCCAGAACGGCUUGCAGAUUUUAUUGAACGAUUCAGCACGUUUGCUGAUCCUUCAAUUCCACCAUUCAUGUACGGUAGUCAUUACUCGACGAGUGCUGGUGUUGUGCUUCACUUCCUCGUUCGUCUUCAUCCUUUUGCUGGUCUCCAUCGUCAGCUUCAAUCCGGUUACUUUGAUGUUGCUGAUCGUCUAUUUAGCUCAGUUGCCAGAACAUGGAGUAUGUGUACGGGUUCUUCAGCAGCAGAAGUCAAAGAGCUUACUCCUGAGUGGUACUGCAACCCAGGUUUUUUGAAAAAUAAGAACGAUUUUAAAUUGGGGACAGCGCAGGAUGGAGACGUCUUGGGCGACGUUAUCCUUCCUCCUUGGGCUGAUGAAAGCCCUGAGAAGUUCAUCGAGGUAAUGAGAGCUGCCUUAGAGAGUGAGGUAUGUUCUGCAAUGCUACCAGACUGGAUUGAUUUGAUAUUUGGUCGAAAACAACAAGGGCCCGAGGCUAUCAAGGCAAACAACGUAUUCUUUUAUUUGACUUAUUACGGCUCAGUU